CAAGUUCACAACCAAAAAAAAGUUCUAAUAUUUCAACAUGGAUAAGCCAUUUUCCUUACUAAUUUUGGUGUUUCUGGUACUCUCUCCUAAUCUUCUCUUUCUACUGCAACGGCCUGUGACGGCCCUGCCUCUCUCCACCAACUCUCGUUGGAUUGUCGAUGAAAGUGGGCGAAGAGUGAAACUGGCAUGUGUGAACUGGGCUUCACACCUUGAGCCCAUGGUGGCCGAGGGUCUCAAUAAGCAGCCUUUGGAUGUGAUUUCAAAGCAAAUCAUAUCGAUGGGAUUUAAUUGUGUUCGGCUUACCUGGCCACUCUUUAUGCUCACCAACCAUUCCUUAGCUUCCGUCACCGUCCGGCAGUCUUUCCAAAGCCUUGGCCUCCUCGAGUCCAUCGCCGGCAUCCAAGUAAACAACCCAUCUCUGCUUGAUCUUACCCUCAUCCAAGCUUAUCAGGUGGUGGUAUCUAAUCUUGCGGACAACAACGUGAUGGUGAUACUGGACAACCAUAUUAGCAAGCCUGGUUGGUGUUGUAGUAACUUCGACGACAAUGGCUUCUUUGGUGAUCGAUACUUCAACCCUGACCUAUGGCUUCAGGGGUUAAGAGCAAUUGCAACCAUGUUCAAUGGCACCGCCAAUGUUGUUGCCCUGAGUCUAAGGAAUGAGCUCCGGGGAUCCAAGCAAAACGCAACAGCUUGGUACAGGUACAUGCAAAAAGGAGCUGAGACUGUGCACGCUGCAAACCCUAAUGUUCUUGUUAUACUCUCUGGGUUAAAUUAUGACAAGGAUUUUACAUUCCUUCUCAAGCAACCAGUGAACUUAACCUUUACUGGGAAGCUAGUAUUUGAGGUGCAUUGGUAUUCAUUCUCGGAUGGCGAGGCUUGGAAGAAUGGAAACUCGAAUCAGGUCUGUGGAAGUGUGGUGAAUAAUUUGAUGCGAAAGGCUGGGUUUCUGCUGGAUCAAGGGUGGCCACUAUUUGUGAGCGAGUUUGGGUUGGAUCAAAGGGGUACCAACGUGAAUGACAAUAGGUUCUUGAAUUGCUUCUUUGGUGUUUCAGCGGAAUUGGAUUGGGACUGGGCUUUGUGGACACUAGCUGGGAGUUACUAUCUCAGGGAAGGGGUGAUGGGGAUGGAAGAGACUUAUGGUUUGUUAAAUUAUGGUUGGUCUGACAUUCGGAAUUCAAGCUUCUUACAAAGACUUUCUUCUCUUCAAACUCCUUUUCAAGGACCAGAAAUAUCUAAUGUUAGGCCACACAAAAUAAUUGUCCAUCCAUCAACGGGACUUUGUGUUCAGAGAAACUCACUAGGAGAGCCACUAAGUUUAGGUUCUUGCGAGGAGUCUGAAGCUUGGAGUUAUACACCACAGAAGACUAUAGUAGUGAAAGGUACAUAUUUAUGCUUACAAGCUGAUGGAUGGGGUAAGUCAGCAAAGCUUGGAAUCUUUUGCAACGAUGGUAACUCCAAAUGGGAGGCAAUAUCGGACUCUAAAAUGCACUUGUCAUCGAAUCUACGCAACGGAAGCACAGUGUGUUUGGAUAUUGACUCUAACAAUGCUGUUGUCACUAAUCCAUGCAAAUGCUUAAGUAGAGACCACAUGUGUGAUCCUGGAGGCCAAUGGUUCAAGAUCGUUAAUAGCACGAGGACAAUGACAUCAACCACUACUACCAGACUGUCUCUUCCAAAUUUAUAUGUGAAGGAUUAA